AUGUCCGAUUAUAAAAAUAAAUUUGGAAAAGGAAUUCCGUUUCGUGAAGGGAAUCCAAUUCAACUUUUAAAAUACAUCAAGAAUGAAAGAAACCCUAGCGAAUACGGAAAAAUUGUAUUUAACGACGAAGCCUUAGAUAUUAUUAAAUCUAUAGAAGAACCCAUUUGUGUAAUUGCCGUUGUGGGUUCAUAUCGUAGAGGGAAAUCAUGGUUCGCGAAUUUAUUACUCGGUAGACAUAAUGGAUUUCUUUUAGGUUCGACAGUAGAUGGAUGUACUCAGGGAAUUUAUAUGUGGGAUCAACCAUUCUACCAUGAAGGAAAAAGGAUUAUCGUAUUAGAUUGUGAGGGGAUCGACGAUCCCAAACAGAAUCAACAAUGGGCGAUUAGAUUAUUCGUAUUAUGUUUAACGAUUUCUUCAACAUUCAUUUAUAAUUUAAAUGGUGUUGUUGGUAGGGACGACAUUGGGAAGUUAUUUUUGAUGUCUCACCUUACAAAAUAUAUUCGACCACCUCCCGAUUAUGAAUUUUUACCCAGAAUGGUGGUGUUACUUAGGGAUUUCAUGUUACAAAAUCCCGAUGAUUUUAGGGAGUACUUUUUGGAUAGGUUGGGUCACGUUAAUGAAGAGGCUGCUGAAGGGAUUAAAAAACAUUUCUCUCACUUUGACGUGUUUGCUCUGCCGAUGCCGGCUGCAGAACGUACUCAAUUACAAAACUUGGAUAAGGUAUCAACGUCAGAUUUACAACCGGAAUUCGUCGUGGAAGUUACUAGUUCGGUUAAUAAGAUUCUAUCUACCUCGGUACCAAAGUAUAUCGGAUCAUCUACCAUGUCAGGGGUAUCAUUCACGAAAUUCCUUCAAGAGUGCGUCAGUAAAUUAAAUGAUACAUCCGAAUCUUCAAAUUUUCAUUUAUCGAUACCGGAUGAAUACGAAUCGAUUAUCGAAUACGUUGCUCAAAAAGCCAUCGAUGAAUGUGUUAAAAUGUACGUAACGAGUAUGAAAUGCAUAUUACGAUCCGGGAAGGAUAAUAACCUUGAUGAUGACUUUGAAAAUGUGCAGCAUGUCGAAGUAUUUAAUUGGACCGACUUUCAUGAAGUUCACUUAAAUGUUUUUAAUCAAGUUGAAACAGAAUUUUUUAAAAGGAUUAUCGGAGAUGAAACUCAGAUAAAGAAUUUUGAGAGCGAUUUAAAUAAUAAGAUCAAAAAAGAAUUUGAAAUUUUUCAUAAAAUAAAUUCCGAAUCUUUAUAUGAGUAUAAUUUAGAAUUGGCUAAAGGAUUAUGGGAUAGAAACGUAAAGGUUGGUCUUGACAAAGAUAAUAUCUUUGAGUCCCAAGAAGAUUUCGAUAAUGCGAUUGCAGUUUUUGAGAGAGAGGUAUUAGAUACCUUAUUAGAUUGUCCAGAAACGGAAAAGAUAAUGGCAAGAUUUAAAUCUCAGGAAUAUCAAGAUGCAAUUACGAUACUAAAAUCGAUCGGAAUUCUCAAAGGUGAAUUGGCGGAUCAAAUCAAAUCAAUGCAAGAAACUGAACAACGAUACUUGGAAUGUGCUGCUGAGGAAAACGAAUUACAAAUUAAAUUUGAUAAAUUGAAAUCUGAACAUGAACAAGUUGAACGACAACUUAGAAAUAAAAUUCAAGAAUUAGAUGAAAAUAUUGAACGUCAAAAUGUUACAAACAUUGAUUUAUUACAAAAAAUUCAGGAUAAUCGUGAAGAAUCUCUAACGAUGUUAUUAAGUGAAAAGGAAACAGAAUUGGAAAUGAUAAAGAAAAGAAUCGAUGAGAUUAGACGAAGCAGAGAACAUUGGAUAAGGCUUAUUCAAACUUUUACACCUAUACUUCAAAUAGGAUUUAAAAUUGUUAGUUCUAUCUUCUUGGCUAAAUAUAAUUUUUAG